AUGACGACGCGAAGGCAGACCUUUGUCAAUGAUGAAAUGGUCACGGAAGUGAUGAUCGAGACGGUCGAGACUACGGAGCACGUUAUGUCGAUGGUGAUAAAAGCGAGCUUCGAGGAGGAGAAGGAUCCUGAGGUCACCGCUGCGAUGAGUAGCCUGUACUCUGACUUCGCAUGCGAGAACCGCGACGACGAGUCAAUGACGUUCAGUGCCGAUAUCGACGCGGAUGUACACGAGAUUCACGGCUUGCGCACUGGUGUGGCUUCGGAUGAAGCUUCCGUGGCAGCGCUUCUGCUGUCAAAGACCGUGGAACAGCGCUACCUGAUCUGGUGGCGCUAUCGCGUCCUGUUCAAGCAAAGCCUGACAGUGUGGGUGAAGAGCAAAAGCAAUUACGGCAUUCUAUUGGAGAUGCUCGCGAGCCCUCUAGAAAAAUACGGUGAAGACCUGGUUGGAGUCUUGUCUAGCAAUCUAAGUGGCAACCUGAAGAAGGUGAUCCAAACUGCAAUGCGGGGCGAGGUCGUUGACUUCAACAUGUCAGUCCACACGAGAGAGAAGGCUACUACAGACGCGGACAAUCUGUACAAGACUGGCGAAGGAAGGGGGGCGGACAGGAAGAAGUUGAUCGACAUUUUGGUGCUGAGUCCUGCGGAGCAUGUGCGCUACAUCAACAGAGUGUACAAGGCAAAGUACAAGGCGGAUCUCAUUCAUGUGAUCAAUGCCAAGUUUGGUGGUGAUGCUAAGAGUGCGCUGCUGCUCCGGGUGCGCUCGAUACUGGAUCCGAUGGAUCUGCUGGUAGAGUUGUUCGAGACGACGCUGAGGAGCGUUGGCAAAAACAACAAACUAUGUUGCCAGCCUUCAGGCCGUUUACGUUACAACCUGAGUGUGUUGGUUGUGCGGUACUUUCACCUCCUUGAGCGUAUUGGCAACACGUACAGGAAGUUGUACCGCCAGGAUAUACGCACGCGUAUCCGAAGCGUGGCGAAAGGCGAGUAUUGCCAACUGCUUCUCUCUGUGCUCGACGCUGCGGCGAAAACGGCCGUGUGUCCUAGCUGCACUGCAGCGUCUGAUCCGAAGGAGGAUUGGUGUCGUUAUUGCGGCGCUUCAAUACAAGGCUCUACAGAGAAGAAAGCCGAGCGUAACUCAUUUAUAAGGUAUCUUAAAACCCAUUCUGGAGCUGAAGCCUGGCGAAAAACUCACGAAGUCGCGACUGCCCUCCAGGAUCUGCACGAGCAAGGAAUUGUCCAGGGCAACCUGAAACCGAGAAACCUGACGAUUGGACGUGAUGGAAAGGGGCAUUUGCUAGAACUCCAAAUUUGCAAGAGGGUGGAAGAGCAAACUCGCUUUUCUGUUGAGUCUCAAAACGAGGAGCUGCGAUGGCAAGCACCCGAGUGCUUGAAUGGUGGACAAGCGUCAUUGGCGUCCGAUAUUUACUCCCUCGCGAUGUGCAUCGUCUACGUCGCCAGUGGGAAACCUCCAUGGGGCUCGAAUGUAUCUGAUAUUCAGAUUCAUCAGGAGGUUUCAAGCCAGCAUGCGACGCUUCCUCGACCCCACGGGAUGUCAGAUAACGAGUGGAAUCUUUUGAAGCGCAUGUGUGAAUACGAACCCAGUAAGAAAAUUAGCAUUGGCGAUGUGGUUCAAGCACUCUCCAGAUUAUCUUCGGGCCGUGGCAUUUGCCAAAACAUCUGA